GCUUCCGCUUCCGGCCAGCCUCGCUUUGGGCCCUGCGGUGGCGGCCGAGCCUUGUGCGGCCGCCAUAUUGUCUGUGUGAGGCCGGUGAGGCGGGUGGACGGUCGGGCGGCCGGGGGCUGCUCAGUAAGAAAAUUCAGAGUCCAACCUGAGGCAGUCCUGCGAUUGAUCGUGAAGUUGGAAGAGGUGCAAAGGCCAGCUCGGUAGCCUAGCUCAACCUGCCAAUCUGUCCGACAUGUCGGGACCUGUGCCAAGCAGGGCCAGAGUUUACACAGAUGUAAAUACACACAGACCACGGGAAUACUGGGAUUAUGAGUCACAUGUUGUAGAAUGGGGGAAUCAGGACGACUAUCAGCUAGUCCGGAAACUGGGCCGGGGCAAAUAUAGUGAAGUCUUUGAAGCCAUCAACAUCACAAAUAAUGAAAAAGUAGUUGUUAAAAUUCUGAAGCCGGUGAAAAAGAAGAAAAUCAAGCGAGAAAUCAAAAUCCUGGAGAACCUGCGAGGUGGCCCCAACAUUAUUACCCUUGCAGAUAUAGUGAAGGAUCCUGUGUCGCGGACCCCCGCCUUGGUGUUUGAACACGUGAACAACACAGAUUUCAAGCAAUUAUAUCAAACGUUAACAGACUAUGACAUUCGGUUCUACAUGUAUGAAAUCUUGAAGGCCCUGGACUAUUGCCACAGUAUGGGGAUCAUGCACAGAGAUGUCAAACCUCACAACGUCAUGAUUGACCACGAGCAUCGAAAGCUGAGGCUAAUAGACUGGGGUUUGGCUGAAUUCUAUCAUCCUGGCCAGGAAUACAACGUCCGGGUGGCGUCCAGAUACUUCAAAGGGCCCGAGCUCCUCGUAGAUUAUCAGAUGUACGACUACAGCCUGGACAUGUGGAGUUUAGGGUGCAUGCUCGCCAGCAUGAUCUUCCGGAAGGAGCCCUUUUUCCACGGCCAUGAUAAUUACGAUCAGUUGGUGAGAAUAGCCAAGGUGUUGGGAACAGAAGACCUAUACGACUAUAUUGACAAAUAUAACAUUGAGCUUGACCCCCGUUUCAACGAUAUCUUGGGCAGGCACUCACGAAAACGAUGGGAACGUUUUGUCCACAGCGAGAAUCAGCACUUGGUCAGCCCUGAAGCCUUAGAUUUCUUAGACAAGUUGUUGCGAUACGAUCACCAGUCCCGACUCACCGCAAGAGAAGCCAUGGAACACCCUUACUUUUAUCCGAUUGUGAAGGACCAGGCUCGGAUGAGCACAGCCAGCCUGCCAGGGAGCAGCACGCCCGUUAGCAGCACUGGCAUGCUGUCAGCAGGGAUCUCUUCAGUGGCAACGUCUUCCCCCCUCGGACCUCUAGCAGGCUCCCCAGUGAUUGCCGCUGCCAACCCGCUGGGGAUGCCGGUGCCAGCUGCCGCAGGGGCUCAGCAGUAGAGGACGCCCCGUCUCCCAGAUGCUGGACUGGAGCCACCGUGGGGCCGAGGGCCCUCCUCCACCCCCGCAGCCACUUGUAGCCAACUGGGGGGAGAAGGGAGGAGCUGCGUCUGAACUGUUGCUUGUGGGUUAAUAGUCCUUCAGUCGUGUCGUCCAUAUGUAUAUCUCUCUCUCUCUCUGCGGACAUAUAGAUGUGGACGAACCUUCUCAUGCUGAAUCCCCCCCCUGCCUUUUUUACUUGAACUUUUUGUAACUCAGAGGAAUCCCUGAUGAAAUCCACCGACGGAGCAUUUCGCGGACUGCUCCUGCCUGCCCUGCUCGCCUCUGCCCGUGUCGUCCUCUGCGAUUGAAAGCGAGGGCGCCGGUCCUUCCUUAUCUCUGCUUCUUGUCCCUUCGGCUAAUUGAUGCCCCGUGGAGGGGAACGUCAGCGUCGUGUUUCCAUCGCCUGCCUGCCCGCCCACCCACCCACCCCUUUGGGACGCCGGCCCUGAAGUUCACGUCACCGUGUUCUGCAGCGGAGCUGAAGUUCCAGUUGCAGAAAAGAGGUGGAAAUCCUAGCUCUCCUGUAGGAAUCUGUUCUUGCGCUUCUCCUCCUAGUCAGGAGCCUCCAGGGUUCAUCAUCUGAAGACACCCAGUCCUUAUCUCCACCAACGGUAUCCGGCCCACCGCAAAUUCCUCUGCAGCUCCUCACCCAGCUUGGGAAUUCUGGAAAAUAGGUUUUUUCACCAGGUCUUUCUUAAAAACAUCUCAAACUUCUGAUAGGUUGGAUCUUGGGAAAAAAAAAGAAACAGAUGCAGGGCAUUCGCCUGUCCUGCCCGCUUACCCUUUUUUCUCCAUGUGCCAUGUGGUGAGAGAUGCUGACAUGUGUGUGUGUGUGUGUGUGUGUGUGUGUGUGUGUUACUUUACCUUAGAGGACGGUGGCGGAAAGUGCAAGAGGACUGCGACUGUUUCAAAGGGUGUGAAAAGAAACUUGUAAGAGCGUCAUUGUGGACAGCGUCCUGUGUGUGCGUGUGUGCAUUGUGUGCCUGUAUACACACACCCCACAGACAUGCACACACCAAUAUGUGUAAAUCAGUCUCGCUCUUCCUCUGCUGAAAUACCCCAUGUCGGAAUUCCUUGCUGUAAAUAAACUUUUUUUUUUUUAAAUUGAUCAAGGGUUAGGUUUAAAGUUGCCUGCGCAGAGGCGCUCCCUGGGUUGGGGUCACACGUUUUAUACCCCUUGCAGCCCUCUAACCCCAGAACUAGGGCUUGGGUCCCGGGGGGCGGAGGGGGCGCCCACAGCUGCUACUCUUUCCCUUUCAGCCCCUCACCCGGAUUCGGUUGCGGUUGCGACCUGUGCUCAGAAGCCUUACAAGAAGCGUCUCAGAAGCCAAAGUGUCGCUGGAAGGGAUCCUUGGCGUGCAUUUUCCUUUCGCAGCACUGGGAUUUCAGGAUGUGGGGGCAGCGAAGCGCGGGACGGGAGGCCCUCCGAGCUGCCCAGGGCUGCAGUUUGCUGCCGGAGCCAGGCCUCGGGCAGAGCCCGGGUGCCCGUCGGCUCCUCCGGGAUACCUCUGAGCACCACCGCAAGAGGCGUGUUCCUGCCUUGGGGAAGCCUGCCCCACUCAUCUUGGGAGCCUUGAUCACUUGAGUUCAAUAAUAUAUGCAGCUUUUGACGUUGGGAUUCCUGCGGGCACGCUCCUUCCCACGUUCCGACAGCCUUCGCCCAGCGGGAUUGGAGCUGGAAGUGACAGCGUGGGACCCGGGCAGUUUCCCCUCCCCCCCCGCCCUUGGAAAGGCUUGUUGCCGAUGAGGAAGGACUUCCGGACCCCGCAGGCAGGAACGGAGUUGUGCCCUCGAGCCAGCGCAAAGCCGGGAAGGGCCGCGUGUGGAACAGGCAUGUCUGGAUUUGCACUAGGACAGCCCCUCUGUUGGGCUCUGGAGCAGGUGAUCGACCCGUCCUUCGGCCUCAUUCUGCAACCCUUGAAUUUGGCGAGCAGGUGGGUGCCCUCAGCUGCUUCCCAGGAUCGGAGGGUGCCGGGUGCAAGUUGGCGAGGAUUGGAGGGUUGGGUGGGGGGCAGUAUCCAUCAAACCUUGUGCGAGAAGGCGAGAUGGACACGUUUGGUUCAGGGAGCGAUCUAAACCAGUGUUUCUCA